AUGCGAGUGCACUUGCUAGGAGACACAUCUGCGGAUAACUUUGCAUCACUGCUUCUAGAAGUUGGCAAUGGAGAACUGUCUGUUGAUUGUGAAGGCCUAAUAAGCUUACCUCCUGGCUUAGGUCAAGUGGUAGAGAAUGUUGAGGCCCUGUACAAAAAGGGUUUUCCAAACUUGGAUCAAAACUACAAGAAUCAUAGCUGCUCUGUGAACGUGUUAUUCUCGCACCACGAAAUGACAUGGUCAAUACCAUUAACACCAAGUUGUUGCUGCAACUAUCUGGAUAUGAGAAGGUUUUUGAAGUCUAUCGGCACUGUUGUGGACGCAACAGAGGCUGUGCAGUAUUCAACUGAGUUCUUGAACGCUUUGGAACCUUCAGGCAUGCCAUCGCAUAAGCUUAAACUAAAAGUUGGCUGCACAGUUAUACUUCUUCGAAAUUUGGAUGCGCCCAAGCUUUGUAAUGGCACAAGACUAAUUAUCAAACAGAUUAUGGCACAAGCCACCAUACUGACUGGACAAGGAAAAAAUAAAAAUGUUCCGUGUGGACUGUACGCGUCGUCGUCCUUCGCAACGCUUCCGCCGAUCGACGAUUUCUUGCCGUUUGAAGCCGGUCCUAGAACAUACGUUUUUCUCCAAAUUCUGAUUGCAUUUGCACCGAAUCCGACCUACGCGUUUUCUGCACCGAGCGGUACACGGGAAGUGUGUCGAUUUCUACCGAAAAACGCGAGAAGAGCAAGAUUCGAAGUCAUCGGCACGCGAGUCAAGGGUGAGUAA